AAAAAGAAGAAGAAGAAAAAGAAGCAGCAAUCAAGACGUACGGAAUCAACAAUAAAAUAAAAUGCUACAUAUGAAAUAAUAAAUAAUACAAUAAAGUGAUAAAGAGUACAGCAUGGUAGUGACGUAGAAGUAGUCACUAAAUUUGGCUAAGAUGUUGAUUUUGGGGCACAGGCGUCGUAAACAUAAUAGCGUAUCUGGUCAUUGAGUGACAUGAGAACGAACCAAUUAUAUUCCACGGAAUCGCCUCGCGUUAUUUCCGGAUGAGAUGUUUCACCUCCGGUCUUCGUCUCCUCUGUGUUAGCCCAUUAGUUCGUAGCCGACAUUUACAACUUUCUUUUAAAAAAUCGACUUUGGAGGCGACUGAGGGCUUCUUCAGGAAGAAGGAUGUGAGUAAAAACGCGGAGGAAGCUUCGCGCUGCUGUGGCUUUUGUUUCAGUCCGCCUCAAUGACUCCAAAACAACAUGGAAACAAAAAGAGUAGACAUCCCGUCUGGCUUACUGGACGAUCUCUGCAGUCGCUUCAUCCUGCACAUUCCCAGUGAGGAACGGGACAACGCUAUCCGGGUGUGCUUCCAGAUUGAGCUGGCACACUGGUUUUACCUGGACUUCUGCAUACCCAACACACCGAAUGCCCCUCACUGUGGCAUCAGAGACUUCGCCAAAGCUGUUUUCCAGCACUGUCCAUUCCUGUUGCCAAACGGAGAAGAUGUGCAGAAAGUCCUGGAGCAGUGGAAGGAGUACAAGAUGGGUGUUCCUACUUACGGGGCAAUCAUUCUUGAUGAGUCAUUAGAAAAUGCACUCCUUGUUCAGGGAUACCUUGCAAAGUCAGGCUGGGGCUUUCCCAAAGGGAAAGUGAAUGAGGACGAAGCACCACAUGAUUGCGCUGUUCGUGAAGUGUUGGAGGAGACAGGCUUUGACAUCAAGAAUCGUAUUUGUAAAGAUAUGUACAUUGAGCAGAAAAUUACUGACCAGCUGGUGCGGCUAUACAUCAUACCAGGAGUAUCCAAGGAUACAAAGUUUAACCCCAAAACUAGAAAGGAAAUACGGAACAUUGAAUGGUUCCCGCUUGAGAAGCUGCCAUGUCACAGGAACGACAUGACUCCAAAGUCCAAGCUUGGACUGGCCCCCAAUAGAUUUUUUAUGGCCAUUCCAUUCAUAAGGCCCCUGAGGGAGUGGAUCGCGAGGUUGAAAGGUGAGACUCCAGACAGCGAUGAAGACUUGGCAACAAAUGGCACCACUCCAGGCAAGCCAUCAGAAAAUGCUGGGUCAAAGUUCCGGCGCCUCACAGUGAAUGAAGUGUUUCUUGGUGACAGUUGUACCAAACAGAAACAGCAGAAGGCCCAGAGUCAUCUGAACCACUAUGAGCUGAACCAGAGCCAGCACUUAAAAGGCACUGGGAAGAAUUCAUCCUCUCAAAAGAAAGGAAGCAUUGAAAAUGGAUUCAGCAGCCAGCAUAUCAAACUAUUAUCAAAGGAAGAUAAACGGCUUCAUCCCAGGAGGCUGCAAGACAGUUUUGAGAAAGACAGGACUCCAUGCAGUUCUCUUAAUGGACCACAGACAGCCCACCACAAGGACUCGCAGCACCUGCUGUCAUCCAACGCUUUCCUUCAUUUUAAGUUUGACAAGGAUGCCAUAAUGAGAUGUUUUGACUUCUGAUGUGGCGGAUGAUGAAAUGUGAUGACCCAGCGAAUUCAACUUUGACCCCUAGAAACUCUUUUACACUCCAGUUUUGCUUGUCAGUUUUACAUGAUGUCACAUUGAAAGUCUAACUUCCACUCAUCUUCACUGGACCUGGACCUGUCCUGUCAAACAUUUCACAGUAUGAGCUUUCUAAAGUGAAACGUCACUUUCAGAACCACAGGGAGCAUUGAUUUCAAAGUUCAAAUUGUUCAUUGAUUUUAAAUGGUUGGUAAUUCUUUUCUGUCCGUACACGUUGGCUGCUUAGUUAGGAAAAAGUAGGUAGGUACCACUUUUCUAGUAAAUAUCUUCAGAUUUUAUCCAGUAAUGUAGAAUGUAAAGCAUUUUAUUAAAGUUCCGUUGGUCUUCUUUGGAAAGUUGUCUCAAUUCCAGAUGAUGUAUGGAAAUCUAUAGUAAGCAUUAGGGAUGUGAGAUUGAAACAUGACAUACUUAACAUUUCUUGUUAAACAGUUUUGCAAUAAUAAUUAAUUAACCACACUUUAAAUGAAAAUGAAGUUGAUAAUUGUGUGUAUGCGUGUCUGGUUUCAUUGUCUCUCGCCUCCAAGCAGGCAGGAAGAGGGUUCACUCUCUGCAUUGGUUCAAACACCUAAACGCUUCAUAGAACAACACCGUUUCAUAAAACAAUGGCGUUCGAACAGAGUGAGACAUCUUGUCAGUCAUACAGUCGCGUUGUCUCAGUGGGGGACGGCGGGGCCGCUAGCAUACACACACACAGAGUAAGCCUUGUGGGGAGCAAUGCAAGGUAGAAAUUAGGAGGUGAAAAAGGAUGAUUGCAAAAGAAAAUGCCGCAGCCCCUGUGUGGGAAUAUUCCAGCUUCAAACCGAAUGAGCAAGGUGAGCCCAUCA